AUGGUAUUCCCUUAUCUAUUUCUACUAAUGGAUAAUAGUAAUAUUCUUAAUUGGAAUUUAAGGGGUCUGAGUAGUUCUAAUAAGCAUAAAGUUGUUGUGGAUAUUUGUAGUAGGUUCAAAAUAGGUAUUGGAGGUUUUUUAGAGACUAAGAUGAAGGGUCCUAAAGUCCUGGAUUUUAUGAAGCAAAAGUUACCUAACUGGGAUUUUUAUACUAGUAUGGUAACAGAGGGUAGGCUUUUGAUUGUGUGGAGGAAGGUUUUUGUCAAGGUUACAAUUCUUGAGGAUUCUCCUCAAUUUGUUCACUGUUUGGUUUCGAUGGUGGGUCAGAAGCACAAGGGACUUCAACGCCCCUUUUCUGGUAUGGAUAGAGUUGGUGGUAAUCCUAUUUCUGGUGUUGAAUUGGUGGAUUCAGUUGGUUGGCUUGAGGAGGCUCACAUGGUUCCCUUAAAAAGUUUAGGAUCGUUUUUCACUUGGACUAAUAAUCAAAAUGGUUCAACUCGCAUUUAUUCUAAAAUUGAUCAUGCUUUUGUCAAUGAAAAUUGGUUUGAUCUUUUUCCGUUUGCUUCUGCUGUCUUUAAAUGGGAAGUUAUAUCAUAUCAUUGCUCUUGUAUUGUCAAUAUUCAGUCUAAGGUGAGUUUGGGUACAAAGCUGUUCAGGUUCUACAAUUUCUGGGCUGAUCAUCCUCAAUUCUUGGAAGUGGUGCGGUUCAGCUGGCAGUUACCUAUUCAUGCUACUGGUUUAAGGGCUGUUUUCUUAAAAUCCCUGAGGCUGAAACACAGUUUAAAAAAGUUUAAUCACAAUACCUUUGGAGAUAUUGGUUUGAGUUUUGAUAUGGCUAAAGAAAAAUAUCAGGAAGCUCAGUUAAAAGCCCAAGCUUUCCCGACUGAGUUUUGCUACCAACAAAGUGCUAAAGAAGCUGCUGAAGCGUACAUUAUUCAAGAAAAAAUGUUUUACAGUUUUUUGUCUCAAAGAAGUAAAGUGGACUGGUUACAGAAGGGAGACUUGAAUACCUCAUUUUUCUUUGCUUAUUUGAAGCAAAGAAGAGCUGCUAAUGGUAUUGCUUCUUUUGUUAAUGAUCAGGGUCAGUUGGUGGAUAGUUUUCCUGAGGUUGUCUCUCAUUUUGUUGAGCAUUUAAGAGGUUAUUUGGGGAAUCAGAGUUCAGCUUCAGGUAGCAUCAAUUUGGCUUGUUUAGAUUUGGGUCCCAAGCUUUCUAUUGAUCAUCAAACAUUACUGUUAAAGCCCUUUUCAGCUAAGGAAAUUCGGAAAGCUUUAUUUGGUAUUCCCUCUAACAAAUCGCCAGGUCCGGAUGGUUAUGGAUCUGGAUUUUUCAAGGCUGCCUGGCAGAUUGUUGGCAGCGAAGUUUGUUCUGCUAUUAGUAACUGUUUUGAAUCAGGGAAUUUUCCAUCAGACCUGCAUGAAACUUCAUUGUCCUUAAUUCCUAAGGUGGCCAAUCCUUCUCGAGCUAUUGAUUAUAGGCCAAUUGCGUGCUACACCACAUUAUAUAAAUGUAUUGCUAAGCUCUUAUGUUCUCGUUUGGCGUUGGUUCUUCCGGCUAUUGUUCAGCCAAACCAGGGGGCGUUUAUUAGAGGCCGUUCAAUAGCUCAUAAUAUCAUGAUCUUUCAAGAUCUUAUUAAAAAUUACGGUCGAGCUGUUACUUCCCCAAGAUGUGCUAUAAAGAUUGAUUUGAGCAAGGCUUAUGAUACGGUAGAUUGGCAAUUCCUUGAGGAUUUCUUAAAAGCUCUCUGUUUUCCUAUGAAGUUUAUAGGAUGGAUUAUGAUGUGUUUAAGGAAUACUUCUUAUUCUUUACUCAUGAAUGGUCGUGUUCAAGGUAAAUUCAAGGGUAAGAAGGGGCUGCGUCAGGGAGAUCCAAUGUCUCCUCUUUUAUUUGUUCUUAUCAUGGAAUACUUGACUCGGAGGCUUCAACUAGCUGCUCUUGAUCCCUCUUUCAGAUUUCACCCAAUGUGCAAGAGUUUAAAUCUUGUUAAUCUUUGUUUUGCUGAUGACUUGAUCAUCUUGUGUAAGGGUACUCAUUUGGCUGUCUUUUCCCUUAAGAUUGCGCUUGAUGAUUUCAGUUUCGCUACUGGUUUGACCAUUAAUUCUGCUAAGUCUCAAAUCGUUUUUGGUGGAGUCUCUUCUACUGUGCGGAAUGUCAUUUCUCAGGAGAUGAAUCUUAUGGAAGGAUCUUUUCCGCUCAAGUACCUGGGGGAUCCUAUGAGGCCAACUAAGUGGCAUCAUGAGGACUGUGAUAUAAUUUUGCAAAAAAUCAGAUUAAGACUUAAUUCUUGGUCUAGUAGACACCUCUCCUACGCAGGCCGAAUGCAGCUUAUCCAUUCGGUUUUAUUUGGUCUCCGUAACUAUUGGAUGAGUAUCUUUAUUUUACCUCAGAGUGUUGUUAAGGAAAUUGAGAAAUUGUGUCGUAGCUUCCUUUGGGGUAGUGCUAGUCUGAGAAGUCAACCUCAUUUAGCCUCUUGGAAGAAGGUUUGCCUUCCAAAAGCGUAUGGUGGUCUUGGUUUCAGAGAUGGCGCUCUUUGGAACAGAGCAAUUCUUGCCAAGUACAUUUGGGCUUUAUCUGAGCAGCCUGAGAUUUUAUGGCUGGUAUUGGAGGAAUGCCACAUAAGGGAGAAAUUUGGUCUAACUGAGAUUAAGGCAGCAGGUAGUUUUGGGAGGUUUCAGCCAUCCAAACUGUAUAAUUCAGCUCAAAACCAGCAGAUUGUAGAUUACUAUUCAACUGUCUGGUGCAAGCUCUCUUUACCUAAGCAUAGAUUCCUGCUUUGGCAAGUGAUUAAUGAGCAGCUCCUUACUAGGGAUAAUCUAUUCAAGCUGCAUAUUGUGGUGCCUGUUCAAUUGUGUCCGGUUUGUGGUUGCUUUCCUGAAAGUCACCAGCAUCUUUUCUUUACCUGUUGUUUAUCUACUCAAGUGCUUCAUAUUUUGUUUAGCUGGUUUGGGUUCAGUGCUUGGCCGAGUGAUUACACUAGCUGGAGUGUUUGGCUAGCUCGUCCUCGGCGUGGUCUGCUGGCAGUCUUGCUGAAUCUUGUUGUUGCUGCUACUGUGUACAACAUUUGGAGAAAUAGGAACAUAAGUGUUUUUGAUGACUAUUCUAUGACAGCUAACUGUCUUGUUAAUGAGAUUAAAUCUUGCUUAGCACUCUGA